AUGCCUACCGCCGCGCCCACUGCUGACGGUCUUGCAGUACAGGAUUUGACCAACUUGGAUGUCAGCAAGCUCACGCCUCUAUCUCCCGAGGUUAUCUCGCGACAAGCGACCAUCAACGUUGGUACCAUUGGCCAUGUCGCCCACGGCAAGUCGACUGUCGUUCGAGGUCUAUCGGGGGUUAUGACUAUUAGAUUCAAACAAGAGAAGGAGCGCAAUAUUACUAUCAAGCUGGGAUACGCUAACGCUAAAAUUUACAAGUGCCAGAAUCCCGACUGUCCUAAUCCUAGUAGUUACACUUCCCACGGAUCUGCCUAUCCUGAUCGCUACACUGAUGAGCACGGCGAAUGGGUUGUCGUCCGUCACGUAUCCUUCGUGGAUUGUCCUGGUCAUGAUAUUCUCAUGGCUACUAUGCUUAAUGGUGCUGCAGUAAUGGACGCUGCCAUGCUGCUCAUUGCUGCCAACGAGAAGUGCCCUCAACCACAGACUUCCGAACAUCUGGCCGCCGUCGAGAUAAUGCGACUCCGACAUUUGAUCAUACUCCAGAACAAGGUGGAACUGGUUACUGAGGCUGAGGCCCAGCAGCAGUAUGCCGAUAUUCGAAACUUCGUCAAGGGUACUGUGGCCGACUCCGCGCCGGUUGUGCCCAUCUCGGCCGUGCUUCGAUAUAACUUGGAUGUCGUAGCCGAGUAUCUUUGCACUCAAAUUCCUAUUCCCGUUCGUGAUUUCACUUCGUCCCCCCAAAUGAUCAUCAUUCGGUCAUUCGAUGUUAAUAAGCCUGGGCAAGACGCUGAAGAGCUGAUGGGUGGUGUUGCCGGUGGUAGCAUCCUCAACGGUGUUCUCAAGGUUGGUGACGAGAUCGAGAUUCGACCCGGUGUUAUCAGUAAGGAUGAUCAAGGCCACGUAACAUGCCGUGCCAUCAAAACUAAGGUCAAGAGUCUCCAUGCUGAGAAUAACGAGUUACAGUACGCGGUCCCUGGAGGUCUCAUCGGCGUGGGUACACAAAUGGACCCCACGCUCACUCGAGCUGAUCGGUUGGUCGGACACGUUCUUGGAUAUCCAGGCCAUCUGCCUGACGUAUAUGACCAGAUCGAGAUCAAGUAUCAUCUUCUUCGUCGUCUACUUGGGGUGAAGCAAGAUAGUGAUGCUUCAAAGCAUGGUGAAGGCUAUAAGGGUCCCUCUAUCACUAAGCUGAAGAACAAGGAGAUCCUCAUGGUCAACAUCGGAAGUACUGCAGCUGGUGGACAAAUUGUGGGCACUAAGACUGAAGGAUCUGUCGCCAAGGUUCAACUCGCUGUUCCUGUGUGCGCCAAUAUCGGUGACAAACUGGCUUUGAGUCGACGUAUUGAUAAGCACUGGCGUCUUAUUGGUUACGGUGAGAUUGUGAAGGGGAAGAUGGUAUCCAGCAAGACCGCUUAG